UAACGAUGGAGAGAGAGAGAGAGAGAUCAUAUAUAAGCUUGGAAAUGGAGAGACUAAGCAGUGGAUCGACACACCACACCCCACUUCUUCAGUCUCGCCAUCAUCUCAGAUCUCGAGCUCGCUUCGUCAUCUUCCGUCUCUUGCCAUGGAUCCCUACAAGUUUCGUCCGUCGAGCGCUUUCGACUCCAACUUCUGGACGACCAACUACGGCGCUCCUGUCUGGAACAACGACUCCUCACUGACUCUUGGAACCAGAGGUCCGAUUCUCCUCGAGGAUUAUCAUCUGGUGGAGAAACUUGCCAACUUUGAGAGAGAGCGAAUCCCCGAGCGGGUGGUCCACGCCAGGGGAGCUAGCGCAAAAGGGUUCUUCGAGGUCACGCACGACAUCUCUCAUCUGACAUGUGCCGAUUUCCUUCGGGCUCCUGGAGUUCAGACGCCUGUUAUCGUCCGCUUCUCCACCGUCAUCCAUGAGCGUGGCAGCCCUGAAACCCUCAGGGACCCUCGCGGUUUUGCAGUGAAGUUUUACACCAGAGAGGGAAACUUCGAUCUGGUCGGAAACAAUUUCCCUGUCUUCUUCGUUCGCGAUGCAAUGAAGUUCCCGGACGCGAUCCACGCUUUUAAGCCCAACCCGAAGACCAACAUCCAGGAGAACUGGAGGAUAAUUGACUUCUUCUCCCACCAGCCGGAGAGCUUGUCCACGUUUGCGUGGUUCUAUGAUGAUGUUGGUAUUCCUCAAGACUACAGACACAUGGAAGGAUUUGGGGUUCAUGCUUUCACCUUUAUCAACAAGGCUGGACAGUCACAUUAUGUGAAAUUCCACUGGAAACCAACUUGUGGGGUGAAGUGUUUGCUGGAGGAGGAGGCAAUUCGGGUUGGAGGAUCGAAUCACAGUCACGCGACUAAGGAUCUUUAUGACUCGAUUGCUGCCGGCAACUACCCAGAGUGGACGCUCUACAUCCAAGUAAUGGAUCCUGCUCAUGAAGACAGUUUCGACUUCGAUCCGCUUGAUAUGACAAAGAUAUGGCCCGAGGACAUCUUGCCUCUGCAGCCAGUUGGCCGCCUGGUGUUGAAUAAGAACAUCGAUAACUUCUUUAACGAGAAUGAACAGCUCGCGUUCAACCCUGCAUUUAUGGUCCCCGGGAUCUAUUUCUCUGAUGAUAAGCUGCUCCAAGCUCGGAUCUUCGCCUAUUCCGAUACUCAGAGAUAUCGCCUUGGACCGAACUAUCUUCAACUCCCUGUUAAUGCUCCCAAGUGUGCUCAUCACAACAAUCACUAUGAUGGUUUCAUGAAUUUCAUGCACAGGGAUGAAGAGGUAAAUUAUUUCCCUUCAAAAUUCGACCCUGUUCGCCAUGCAGAAAGGUUCCCAAUGCCGUCUCGCAUCUUGACUGGAAAGCGAGAGAAGUGCAUCAUCGAGAAGGAGAACAACUUCAAGCAGCCAGGAGAGAGAUACCGAUCCUGGGCACCGGACAGGCAAGACCGUUUCAUCGGCCGCUGGAUCAAGGCAUUGACUGACCACCGUGUCACCCACGAGCAUCGCUCCAUCUGGAUCUCCUACUGGACUCAGGUGGACAAAUCGCUCGGCCAGAAACUAGCCACUCGCCUCAGCGCGCGGCCGAGUAUGUGAACACCGGAGCCCGAGGGGGUUUGAUGAUUCCAGCACAAGCGGUGUGAAUGUUGGGUGCUACUCUGGGAAGGAGCAUAAAAGCUAAGUGUGUUGGAAAAUGUCUGUCUGCUGAUCUGAUCUGUACUUUGUAAUACUAGAGGGGAUCUUAUCUUUGGUGUGUGAAUUUCGUGUGAAUUUGCUGCUGCUACUAAGGAAGGAGCGUAAAAAGCUUCAUGUGUUGGCAUAUAUGUGUUCUGUGUAAUACUCCGAGGAGAUGUUGUCAUGCGACUCUUCAGCCUUAAUGUUUCUACUCCAAUAAAGGCUCUCCGCCAUUUUACUUGCUA